AAUCAUAAACAGCUCAUCAAAAUCAAAUCCAAAGAGUUCACAUAUAUAUAGAAUAGAAAAAAGCUCUCCAGUCAGAUCAGAACGAGAGAAACCCUUCCCACUAGAAUAAGCAAAGCAUAGGCUUUGUCUGUUCCUCCUAGUCUCUGACCAUAAAUAUCUUUCUUUUCAAUUUCAUUUCUUGGGGUUUUCAACUUUUUUAUGGGUUUUCUUCUUUGAAGUUUGAUUCUUGAUUUCGAGGCUUCUUUGGAGAGACAAUCGUCUUGAAUCCUUGAUUAGUGGGGUUUAUGUGGGUUCCUUGAAUUGUAGAGUGAAAGCUAAGUAGAGUUGGAUUCUGGUCAAUUCACUUGUUCUGGUUUCUAGGAUUUCUACAAAUUUAGAAAAAAGAAAGAAAGGAAAUUGGGGGUUUUCGGGGUUUUUGGUAUAUGAUGUUCAUCUUUCUUUAGCAUAUUAGGCUUUACAGCCCAAGCAUAGGCCUAGAUAGAUUUGCAGAAAGAUUAGGGUGAUACUUGGGGUUUUAAUCAAUGGGGUUAUCUGGGUUCUUCUUGAUUAGUAUGCUCCACUCUGGUAUAUGUCUCGUAAGUGGAGCUUUCAUGAUGUUCUACUCCAAUGAAUUCUCUGUGUUCAAUCAUGGCCUUGAGACAGCAAGUAAGCUUCAAGGGUCAACACCUCAUGAUCAACUCUUGAUCCAAACUUCAAGUUCCUUCUCGGGUUGGCUUCUGUUUGCCAUUGGGUUUCUUCUGUUCAUGGUGGCUUUUGUCAAGGACGCUAAAUUCCAGAGCUUCUUUGCUAAAGGGUGUGUGUUGCUUCACAUUUUCAUGGCUAUUUGGAGAGUUUACUUUGUGAGGGAAGUUGAAGACCUUGCCAGAGAUUGGCCUAAGCAGGUCCUCGGAGACAUCACGUUGGCGCUUUCCUGGGUUUUUCUUCUCAUGUAUUCAUGGAGGGAGAAGUAUGAUUAGUUAUGAACUGCUGUAAAUUUACUAGGGAAAGAAGUGCAUAGGAGUAAACACAUUUUUGGAUGACAAAUUGUGGUUUGCUUUUCUCAGUUUCUAGAUCAUAAUUUGCUGAAUCAAAUGUUGUAUACAUAGUAUCAAAUUCUGGUUCAAAGUAGAGGCUAGCUCAAAAUUUGAUAUCAGUUCAUUCCUUGUCAGUAUAGUUGCCUUAAACCCUUGUGUUCAUUUCUCGUUGGCUUCAUACCUUCAUGUAGUGACCUUGGUUGUAAAUUUCUAUACAUGAUAUGAAAAGGUGGUGCGAAUUGUGUGCU